GGAGCGGGGAAGCCGGGGGGAGACCCGGAGGAUGACCGCGCGGCCCCUGGGGACACCAGCGCAGUGAUGCCGACAUGAUGUUUCGCUCAGGUCAAAUGUGGAGCUGUCCCUGGAAAUGGAAGCCAAGUUCCCUUUUGUUCUUAUUUGCUUUAUCUAUUGUCUGUGUUCCUCACUCAGUGUGGGGAUGUGCCAACUGCAGGCUUGUGCUAUCCAACCCUUCUGGGACCUUUACUUCUCCAUGCUACCCUAACGACUACCCUAACGCCCAGUAUUGCAUGUGGACCCUCCGAGCUCCUGCUGGCUAUAUCAUUCAGAUCAUGUUUAAUGACUUCGACAUUGAAGAAGCGCCCAAUUGCAUUUAUGACUCAUUAUCCCUUGAUAAUGGAGAGAGCCAGAAGAAAUUUUGUGGAGCAACUGCCAAAGGCCUAUCGUUCAACUCAAGUGCAAAUGAGAUGCUUGUGUCCUUUUCAAGUGACUUUAGCAUCCAGAAGAAAGGUUUCAAUGCCAGCUACAUCAGAGUCGCUGUGUCCUUAAGGAAUCAAAAGGUCAUUUUACCCCCGAAACCAGAUGUGUACCAGGUGUCUGUUGCAAAAAGUGUCUCUAUUCCGGAGCUCAGUGCUUUUACACUCUGUUUUGAAGCAACUAGAAUUGGCAAGGAAGACAGUGAAUGGAUGGCUUUCUCCUACUCAAAUGCAUCCUUCACACAAUUACUCAGUUUUGGAAAGGACAAGAGUGGCUACUUUCUAGCUAUAGCUGGCUCAAAAUGUUUACUAAGCAGUGUGUUUCCCAUGAAGGAUAAAGAAGACGUUUUCACAGAAAGCUUUGAGCAGUUCUGCAUUGUUUGGAAUAAUUCUUUUGGUUAUAUUGGUGUAACUUUCAGAAGAUGGCACAAUAUAGUUCCAUGCAAUGCUAGCAUUAAUAAAGUUAUUUCUGGGAAUGGGAAAUUGUUGUUGGGCUCCAAUCAAAAUGGAAUUGCCUCUCUAAAAGCAGACAUUUAUAACUUUCGACUUUGGAAUUUUUCCAUGAGUUCCCAAAUCCUCUUCAACCUCAGCUGUAAUGUGAAAGGGAAUGUGGUCGACUGGCAAAACGACUUUUGGAAUAUCCCAACCCUUGCUCUGAAAGCUGAAAGUAACCUAAGCUGUGGUUCCUACCUGGUCCCGCUCCCAGCAGCAGAACUAGCCAACUGUGCCGAUUUGGGGACCCUCUGCCAAGCUACUGUAAGCUCUCCUAGUACUACACCACCUACUGUCACCACUAACAUGCCUGUUACUAAUAGAAUCGAUAAGCAAAGGAAUGAUGGAAUUAUCUAUAGAAUUUCCAUAGUGAUUCAAAACAUCCUUCAUCACCCUGAGGUAAAAGUACAGAACAAGGUGGCAGAAUGGCUUAAUUCAACCUUUCAGAAUUGGAACUAUACUGUUUACGUGGUUAAUAUCAGUUUACACCUGACCUCAGGAGAAGACAAGAUUAAAGUCAAGCGAAGCAUUGGGACUGAUCAAAGGUUGGCGAUUUGGGCCCUUCUGGUUUACAAUGCUACCAACAAUCUGAAUUUAGAAGGAAAAGUCAUUCAGCAGAAGCUCUUAAAAAAUAAUGAGUCCCUGGAUGAGGGCUUGAGGCUAUAUACAGUGAGUGUGAGGCAAGUGGGCACAUGUCCUGCGGAGGAGAAACCCAAAGGCUUUUACUGGCCAGUUAUCCUACCUUCUGAAUACAGGCACCGUUGUCCAGGGAAGCCGGGAUUUUAUGCUUCACGGACCUGUUAUCGUGACCUUUCCAACACAUCUUUAAUCUACUGGGGGGAUCCUGAUAUUUCCAAUUGUUCAAGGGAAGCAAAUGAAGUUGCCAAUCAGAUUUUAAAUUUAACUGGUGAUGGACAGACCUUAAACUCGGCCAAUAUUACCAACAUUGUAGAACAGGUCAAAAAACUUGUGAAUAAAGAAGAAAAUAUUGAUAUAACUCUUGGCUCAACUAUAAUGAAUAUAUUUUCUAAUAUCUUAACCAGUUCAGACAGUGACUUGAUUGAGUCAUCUUCUGAAGCUUUAAAAACAAUUGAUGAAUUGGCUUUCAAGAUAGACCUAAACAGCACACCACAUGUGAAUAUUACAACUCGGAAUUUGGCUCUUGGAAUAUCAUCCCUAUCUCCAGGGACUAGUGAAGCUUUAAAUUUUAGCAUCAGCCUUCCAAAAAAUAAUGAGUCAUAUUUUCAGAUGGAUUUUGAGAGCAGACAUAUGGAUCCAUUGGCUUCUGUAAUUUUGCCUCUAAACUUACUUGAGAACUUAAGUCAAGAAAAUUCUGUAUUAGUUAAAAGAGCACAGUUUACUUUCUUCAAUAAAACUGGACUUUUUCAGGAUGUAGAGACCAAGAAAGGCACCUUAGUGAGUUAUGUGAUGGCAUGCAGUAUUGGAAACAUCACCGUCCAGAACCUGAAGGAUCCAGUUCAAAUUAAAAUCAAACACACACGAAACCAGGCAGUGCCUAAUCCCAUCUGUGCCUUCUGGGAUCUGAACAAGAAUGAAGGGUCUGGAUUUUGGAACACGUCGGGAUGUGUUGCUCACACAGAUUCAGAUGCGAGCGAGACGAUCUGCCUGUGUAACCACCUCACACACUUUGGAGUUCUGAUGGACCUUCAAGGAACUGCCUCACAGAUAGAUGCAAGAAACACUAGAAUUCUCACCUUCAUCACCUAUAUUGGAUGUGGAAUAUCUGCUAUUUUUUCAGCAGCAACUCUCCUGACAUAUGUUGCUUUCGAAAAAUUGCGGAGAGAUUAUCCCUCCAAGAUCUUGAUGAACCUGAGCACCGCGCUGCUGCUGCUGCACCUCAGCUUUCUCCUGGACGGCUGGAUCACCUCCUUCCACGUGGGGGGGCUCUGCACCGCCAUCGCGGCGCUGCUGCACUUCUUCCUGCUCGCCACCUUCACCUGGAUGGGGCUGGAAGCCAUCCACAUGUACAUUGCUCUGGUGAAAGUAUUUAACACUUACAUUCGCCGGUACAUCCUGAAAUUCUGCAUCAUUGGCUGGGGUUUACCUGCCUUCAUUGUGUCAGUUGUUCUAGCAAGCAGAAGCCAAAGUGAAGUUUAUGGGGAAAAGAGUUAUGGAAAUGAACAAGGUGAUGAAUUCUGUUGGAUUCAGGAUCCAGUGGUAUUUUACGUGACCUGUGCUGGGUAUUUUGGAAUCAUGUUUUUACUGAAUGUCGCCAUGUUCAUCGUGGUAAUGGUGCAGAUCUGCGGAAGGAACGGCAAAAGGAGCAACCGGACCCUGCGGGAAGAGGUCUUACGGAACCUGCGCAGUGUGGUCAGCCUGACAUUUCUGCUGGGCAUGACAUGGGGUUUUGCCUUCUUUGCUUGGGGACCCUUAUAUAUCCCUUUCACGUACCUCUUCUCCAUCUUCAAUUCAUUACAAGGCUUAUUUAUAUUUAUUUUCCACUGUGCUAUGAAGGAGAACGUUCAGAAACAGUGGAGGCGGCAUCUCUGCUGUGGUAGAUUUCGGUUAGCAGACAACUCAGACUGGAGUAAGACAGCUACCAAUACCAUCAAGAAAAGUUCUGAUAAUCUAGGGAAAUCGUUGUCCUCAAGCUCCAUUGGUUCCAACUCAACCUAUCUUACAUCCAAAUCGAAAUGCAGCUCUACCACCUACUUCAAAAGGAACAGUCACACAGACAAUGCUUCCAUGGACAAGUCCUCAUCAAAACUGACCCAUGCUGAUGGAGAACAAACAUCAAUCAUCCCUGUCCAUCAGGUCAUUGAUAAGGUCAAGGGUUAUUGCAAUCCUCAUUCAGAUAACUUCUAUAAAAACAUUAUCAUGUCAGACACCUUCAGCCACAGCACAAAGUUUUAAUGUCUUUAAUAUAUGAAAGAAAUGUGAUCUGCAAGCAGUGAACACUGUGACUAGCAGAUGUAAAUGUGCCGUUACCUAGGUAACUCCAUAUCUAUGAGGAAUGUAUUUUGUUAAAAAUGCUUUUAUGAAAUUCAAAAUUUGUCUUUUCAGUGUAUUUCUUCCAUGGGGAAGUUUCCAUCAUCACUAAAACUUCAGUACUGAGAGCAACAGUAUUCAGUAGCCACAGGAAAAAUGAAUUUUUAAAAUAUAAAAUUGAAU